AUGCCAGCUCCAGUGCCCGCUUCUCUGCAAGCUCCAGUGCCCGCUUCUCUGCAAGAUCCAGUGCCCGCUUCGCUUCCAGCUCCAGUGCCCGCUUCGCUUCCAGCUCCAGUGCCAGCUCUGAUGCCCACUCCGGUGCCCGCUCCGGUGCCCGCUCCGGUGCCCGCUCCGGUGCCAGCUCCGGUGCCAGCUCUAAUGCCCACUCCUGUGCCCGCUCUUGUGCCUACCCCUGUUCCCGCUCAUGUUCCUGCUCGUGUUCCCGCUCUUGUGUCCGCUCCGGUGACCGCUCGAAUGAUUACUCCAGCGUUCGCCUCGAUGCCAGCUCCUGUGCCAGCUCCAAUGCCGGCUCCAAUGCCCCUUCCGGUGCCCACUCCACUAUAUGCCAGCUCCGGUGCCAGCUCCAUUGCCAGCUCCAGUACCGGCUCCAGUGCUAGCUCUGAUAUAUUCCAGCUCCCUUCACCAUUCCUCCACCGCACUGGUACCUCCUCUCCCCCUCUUACUGGUCUUCCCUCUCCCUCUUCGCACCCCCCGCCAACUACUGUUCGUCUCACUCGCCUAUUCUGCUCACAUUUGACUACUAAAUAG